AUGGAUAUUGAAAUAAUAAAACAACUAAUAGACCAAUUAAAUGAUUUGAACAAUAUAACAGCAGUUGACUAUGAAGAACUUGAAUUUACACUAAAAAAAGUACUACCAAAAGGAAUUAUUGUAUCUUAUUUAAAGAUAUUACCACCUGAAAAAUUGGAACGUCUGUUGACAGAAGAUAUAAAAAAAUCUUACAAUCAAUUAGAAUUUGCUCAAUUUCUUUUAAAUGAGUAUAUAGAGUAUGAUCUACAAGAAAGAUUAAAACAAAUAGUUAGAAUUAUGUUAAUGAUAUCACUACAAGAUAUUGAAAUACAUGAUUUUUUAGAAUAUAUAAUGCAUAAUAAAUAUGUGAUUUCAAGUGACAAUGGACAUCAAUAUUGUUGUGUUUAUGUAGAAAAUUUAUAUAGUCAACAAUCAAUUACUAAAAAAAAUAAAAAAGAUAGUGAAGGUAUUUUAAACUUUGCAGUUUUUGAAGAUAUUAUUGAAACAUCAAAAAGGGUACACUCAGUUGACUAUAAAAAAUAUACAAUUAAAUUUGAUAAAAAUAUUGUACUUGAUUAUGUAUUACAAAGGAAUCUUGUAAAGAUGAAUCAACUAAAAAGAAAAAAUCCAUAUGAAAAUGAUGGAAAUGAAAUAACUAUAAAAAAAGCUAACACAAUUAAAAGAGAUGUUUUAAAUGAUAAAGAAAAUGAAGUGCCUAUCAUGACUUUUUUUAACAAUGAAAAAAAAGAAAAUGAUGAAUGUUAA